AUGACACUGGAGUCUUUACCAAAUGAAAUUUUGAUCGAAAUCUUUGAAUAUUUAAAUGCAUUUGAAAUUUUUUAUUCAUUUGAUCAAUUAAAUAUUCGAUUAUACAGUUUAAUUCGAAAUAUACCAUUACAUUUAAAUUUUGAAUAUUGUCGAAAGACAAUAUUUGAUCAAUUUUGUACACUAUUAAAAUUGAAUCCAAUUAUUAAAGAACGAAUUUAUUCAUUAAUAUUAUCAAAUAAAGAUACAUGUGGACAAAUUGAUUUAUUUCUAUCUUUUUUUUCACUUGAAGAAUUUUCUCAUCUUCGAUCAUUAACAUUAAUUCAAAUUGAAAAAACGAAUGUUCAUAAAUUAAAACUAAUGUUACCAUUUAUAUUAACUUUACAUUCAUUUCAUUUAAUCGAUGUUUUCGAUUUGAAAACAGAAGAAAAUGAAAUAUUAUCUGCUCUUCCAUUAUCAAAUUUACAAACAUUAGCCAUACCAUCAUUACAAGCUUUAUUAACACAUACAAAUCAACCUUUAAUAAUUACACAUUUAACAAUAUUUAGUUGUACUCCUGAACAAUUAUCUUAUCAAUUAUUUAAAUAUAUGCCAUUAGUAAAAUAUUUUCAUACUCAUAAUAUUUAUAAAUCUUCUCAUCCGAUUACGACUAAUGAAUGUUCUAUACAUUAUUAUGGUACAAAUUUAAAACAAAUAAUAAUUGAUAAUUGUGAAUGUACAUACGAAGAAUUUGAAAUAUUUAUCAAAUUAAUACCUAAUUUAAAAUCUUUAACCCUCUCUGCUAUCGAUAAUAUUUGUAUGAUUGAUGCACAUCGAUGGGAAAAGUUAAUUCAAUCUUCAUUACAUUCUUUAAAUAGUUUUCAAUUUACAUUCGGUUUAUUUUGUCGAGGUAAAGUACGUCAUGAUAUUAUUGAUAAAUUUAAAGAAUUUCAAAAUGAUUUUUGGUGUAAACAACAUAAAUGGUAUAUCGAAUAUAUAUUAGAUUCAAAUUCAGCAGUUAUUUAUACAAUACCUUAUAUAUCAAAUACAUAUCGAUUAACACGAUGUACUGCAAAAGAUUCGAUUAAAUUAAUUAAUAAUUCAAGUGUAUUUGAUAAUGUAACAAAUUUAACAAUGUGUUGUGAAGCAAUAGCAGAUAAUUGUUAUUAUUAUUUUUCAAAUAUUCGAUCAUUAAAAUUAGAGUCAACAUUUAUUAAUUUAAUGCACGAUGAUGAUAAUAUAUUAAAAGCAAAACAUAUAGAAUCUCUUAUGAAAAUUGUUAAUUUAUACAAUUUAACUUAUUUAGAUAUAUCAUCAUGUUCUAUAAUUGAAACAUAUUCUCUAUUACAAAUAUUUCGUAAAGCAUCAAAUUUAUCAUCGAUGACAAUUGAUCCAUAUAUAUUAUCAAUAAUGUUUAAUGAUAAUGAAUUAUGUAAUUAUUUAAAAAAAAUGAUUAAAAAAUUAAAUAUACAUAAAUAUGGACAUAAUUCAUUUGGGAAUUUAAAUGAAGUUGAACAGUUUUGUAAAAUAUUUUCUAAUCUUGAACAAUUAACAUGUGGUAUGAAUCAAUCGGAUCAACUUUUAAUUUUAUUAAAUCAAUCAUUAAAAUUAUCAAGUAUUAAAAUAUUUGUAACAUCUACUGAUAAUUCAGAGGAUUUAUUUACUUGGUUUACAAACGAAGCAGUUAAAAUAAAUUUAAUAUAUCGUAUCAAUUAUAUUCAAGUAUAUACCGAUGGUCCUGCAGAAUUAUAUCGAUUAAAUAUUCGUUUAUCAAAACUUAUUCAAAAUAUUCCAUAUCAACUUAAUUUUCAAAAUACCCAUAAAAAAAUAUUUGAUCAAUUAUGUACAACUCUAUGUUCAAAUCCCGAAAUCAAACACCAAAUCUAUUCAUUAUACUUAUCAAACAAAGAUACAUGUGGUCAAAUCGACCGAUUUCUCACGUAUUUUUCCCUUAAUGAUUUUACAAAUCUUCAAUCAUUAACAUUAACUGAAAUCAAUCAACAAAAUAUCAUAAAAUUAAAAUUAAUGUUACCAUCCUUAUCACAUUUAUCAUCAUUUCAUAUAACUUCCCAUUUAAUUGAUGAUUUCGAAAUAAUAAAUACCAUUUCAAUGGCAAAUUUACGAACAUUAUCAAUCAUAUCAUUUCAUUCAAUUCAAACACGUUUAUCUGAAACUUUCAAUAUUAUAAAUUUAACAAUUUUUAGUUGUUCUUUAGAAAAUUUAUUCUAUGAUUUAUUUAAAUAUUUUCCAUUAUUAAAAUAUUUAAAUCUACGAUUUCUUUCACCAUAUAACUACCCAUUGAAAAAAACAGAUGAAAUUUUGGAAAAAUAUUCCGGUAUACAUUUAAAACAAUUAUCCAUUGGUUUAUUUAAAUAUAAUUUUGAUGAUUUAAAAAUUUUUAUUCAACAAAUACCCAAUUUAGAAAAUUUUAUAAUCUAUACAAAAGAUAAUAUUAGUAUGUUAAAUGCGUCUAAAUGGGAGAAAUUAAUACACACAUCAUUAAUUUAUUUAAAAAAUUUUCAAUUUAAAUUCGGAUGUAGUCGUCAAUAUGCAGACAAAUUAAUUUUAAAUAAAAUUCAUGGUUUUCAAAAUGAUUUUUGGUGUAAACAACAUCAUUGGUAUACGGAAUAUUCAGUAGAAAAAUAUUAUAUGUUUAUUUAUACAAUACCAUAUUUAUCAGAUACAUUGAAAUUAACUUUAGAUACAAAAAGAUGCUCGAAAGAAAAACAUUCGAAUGUAUUUAAUAAAGUGAAAAAUGUAAGUUUAUAUGAUGAUGUUAUUAAUAAUGAAUGUCUAUAUUAUUUUUCAAAUAUUCAAACAUUAGAAUUACUGAUGACCAAAGGAAAUAAAAAUUUUAUUGAUAUGCAUUAUUUAAAUAGGAUUGUUAAUUUAUCGAAUUUAAAACAUUUAAAUAUUUCCGAAUAUGGAAAUAUGUUACCAUCAUCGUUAUUGGUAGAAAUAUUAAAACAAUCAUCGAAAUUAACUUGGUUAACGAUUAAUCCAAAAGAUUUAAUGUUAUUAUUAAAUAAUGAUGAAUUAUGUAUAUAUUUAAAUAGAAUGAUUAGAAAAUUAGAUAUUUUAAAAUAUGAUUAUCCAUUGUUUAAUAAUAGAAAUGAGAUGAAUAGAUUCUGUGAAGUUUUUGUUAAUAUUGAGCAACUUGUAUGUUAUAUGAUGGAGUCGAUGGAUGUAGUAUUUUUAUUGAAUCAAUUAAAACAAUUAUCAAUGGUAAAUAUUUAUUUAUCAUCGGUAAAUGAUCGUGAAUAUUUUAAGAAUUUAAUUGAAGAAGAAUCACAUAAAUUAAAUUCGAUUUAUUGUAUUGAAGGUAUUGAUACAAAAGCACCAAAAUUAUUUAUGUGGAUUGGAAGAAAUUAA